UCUUCUUUUCCUCCCAUCAUUUUCGUUCGCAGUCAACCUUCUUCAUCACUCUGAUUAGAACUAGAUCAGAGAAAAUCUCCGCAGAUUAAUCCAUGGAAUUUCUAAAAAUGAUUAAGAUUCUAUUUUCACCACCUUAUUAAUGAAGAAUGUAUUGUUAGUAGAUCUUUGUUAUUAUCUAGGGUUUUAAGAGUUCUGAGUAAAAAAACAAAAAACCAAAAUCAAAUUUUGAGAUUUAUUAAUUUCUCUUCUUGAUCUAUACUUAUUAUAUAGUAGGGUUAGACAGAGCAUCGAAAAUGCUCUCGAUGCUCAUCGUUCUUGCGAUGACGAUGGUAAUGGUUUCAGCUUCUUUUAAUGGUGGUUCUAGUUCUCAUCGUCUUAAGCAGCUUGAAAAAUGGAAUCGGCGUGGUAAUCUGAGUUAACCUUAGAGAUUACAAAGCAUGGAUUUGCGUUAUUUUUAGUGUUUUUUUUCCCUUCAUUUUUCAUCUCCCUUUCUUUCUCAGUGUCCUGCCUUGUGUAGGAACAAAUCAAAUCAGUGAUUUACAAAAGUCUGCCUUACCUUGUUUCUCGAUAAGAUCAAGAAAAUUGUUAUCAGAAAGUUGUUGUUGAAGUGGGCUUAGAUUCUGUUCUUUUUGGUGGUAGCUAGAUAGAGAAAGAGUUUGGAUUAUCUUACAGGAUUUUCUGUAAGCAAUGGAUAAGUUUAGUUCUUGUGAUGAUAUGGUAUCGGAUUACCUGAGUAGCCAUAACGAGUUGAAGCAAUCAUAUGUUAGUGGCAAGCAGUUCACAAGCAAGAAGAACGGCACCAGUGAAGUGACAGAACUUGGAGCUGCUUUUAGUAAGAUUCUAAAUGUUAAAGGUACUCCUCUACCUACACCUGGCUGUAUUCAACCUUCAGAUUUGAAUGAGAAAUGCCACCUCGGUCCAGGCGAAUUCUGUGAAGAUUCUGACAAACAGGAUGACAAAUUGUCGGUGAAAUCAAAUCAGAAAAUGAUGAGCAAACCUAUUAAUAUUCCAGUUUCCAGAAAGACAUUAUCAUGUUUUGUCUCCAAUAGUGAGAUAGAAGGGACAUCUUGUCCAGAAUUGCAUGGAAAUGCCUCUACCCUCCUCAGUCGAUUCUGCUCACGUUCACUUUCUCUGCCUAAUUCUCCAAAUUCAGUGAGAUCUGCCAUGAAAGGAGGCCGUGAGCAACAAGGAGUACAACCACCGGAGAAGCUGACAGUGAAGUGGGCUUCUGACGUGUAUGACCCUCCUUCUACAACAGUGUCGCACACAGUUAGGAGUUACAUCCAGCAGCAGCGUUACAGUUCCAAAUACAACAACAAGAAGCAUGGCAAGCACAAGCAGAAGGGAAAACAUUCACGAGGAAGCAACAACACUGACAAGAAGCAGCAGCGCAAGUCUACUUGUAACUCAGAAAACCUACAAUCAAUCUCACAGGCCACAGUUGAUAGAUCGCAAGACCUGAAUGGUUUUGAGAAAACGAGUGUGAAUUCAGAACUGGUGCACUUUGAUGGUGUUACUACUGGGCAAGAUUCUUCCAACUGUGGAAGCAGCUUUUUCAAGAUAUCAUCUCUUGCGAAAAUGCGUGUGUCAGUUGCCGAGGCUACUUAGAUGUUCGUUUCAUCAUCCCUUACAGAAGGAUGCUACAACUUGGUGUUUGUGUAGAUAAAUAAACUCGGGUUACUUCACCUGUAGGUGUUUGUUUUUGCUUAAUCUGUUUGAAGCACUGUGUUGGUUUGGUUUUUUUUUUGUAGUAUGGUUCCACUGGUGUUUUUGUUAUUGGGGAUGUAAUGCCUUUGUGGUAAGUAAAUAUAUUAGCUAAUUACUAAAGAAGUUAUAUAACUACCAGAGUGCCAAUAUAUUUUUAUAUUCAU